UUACGACUGAGAUCUGGCAGCUUCAUUUUUAAAAGCUUUAUAAAAUUUUGUUCUGCUGUUUAACUCAGAUGGAACAGAAUGAGCAAGAGAUGUUUAGGAUUGUUUAUCCUUGUGGUGCCUGUAAGAUUCAACGAAGAAAAUGUGGAGACAAAUGCGUGCUUGCUCCCUACUUCCCACCAGACGAUCCUCACAAAUUUUUACUAGUGAACAAAUUAUUUGGAACAAGCAGGAUUGUCAAAAUCCUUCAGGAUAUUCCAGUUGAGAAGAGAUCAGAUACUGUAAAGAGCUUGGUAUAUGAAGCAAGUGCGAGAGUAUAUGACCCAAUUUACGGCUGCAGUGGUGCAGUUAGUCGACUGCAGAAACAAGUAUUAGAGCUGCAAUCACAACUGGAAGCCAAACAAGCAGAUCUGCUCAAUGCACAGGCUGAUGUUGUGUUUUUGGCAACUGGAUAUUAUAAUGCGGAUGAAAUACAAAAUAAUGAAAUAGAUUUGGAAGAAGAUGAAGAUCUGUUUUGAUUGUAAGUCGUGAGUUGCUCUUUUUAAUAAGAAGAGCUUGUCAUUUCAGUUAUGUGUAAUAAUGGCCUUGAAGUCGUGUCUAU